AUGGCCCCCGGUUGGAGCGUAGUUCUUUCCGAACAGCCUGUUUCAGUAAUUCUUGUGCUGGUCGUACUGUUGCUUUGGAUAGUUUGGGAUGUGAUUGAUAAGCGCGGUUCGACGUAUGUUGCCUUUCGACAAUUUCCGGGACCUCCGGUGUGGCCACUGAUCGGUACGAUGUACUACACCCGUGGACUGGAUGCAGCCAAAACGUUCGAUGCAUUCCGCUACUUCACCAAUCGGUACGGGGGAACGUACAAACUGUGGCUAAACAGUCAUCUCUUUUCCCUGAACAUAACACGCUGGCAGGAAGCGGAACCGUUCAUGAGCGGAGGACGCAACACGGACAAGAGCAUUCUGUACCGGUUCCUGCAUCCGUUCAUUGGGAUUGGUCUGCUGAACAGUGCGGGCGCCAAGUGGCUCCAGCGGAGACGCAUACUUACGCCAACGUUUCACUUCCAUAUCCUGAACGAAUUCCAUCGGACGUUCUGCGAGGAGAGUGAAAAGCUUGCCGCCAAAGUGGACUCCCAGCAGACGGGUCUGGAAGGGGUGGAGGUGGACCUACAGUCUGCAAUGUCUCAGCUAACGUUGAACACCAUAUGUGAAACAUCCAUGGGCGUAAAGCUGGACACUUUGGACAGCGCUCGGGAAUACCGUGAAGGUAUCUACAAGGUCGGCGAUAUGUUGCUUAAUCGUGCCGUUCGUCCCUGGCUCUAUGUGGACUGGAUGUACCGGUUAUUGGGAUACGCGCAAAAAAUGCAACGCUUGCUGAAACCCCUGUAUCUCUUCACGACCGGCAUCAUCACACAACGGCGUGAACUUUUCGUGCAGGGAAAGCUAAAGGAUCUUAGCACGGAAGAAUCCACACAGGACGGUGAUCAUUCGCUGUACAACACUGCAUCCGGUGGAAAGAAACGCUACGCCAUGCUGGACACACUGCUGACGGCCGAAACCCAUGGACUGAUUGACGCAGACGGCAUCCGGGAGGAGGUAGACACGUUCAUGUUUGAAGGCCACGACACAACCGCAUCGGCGCUCGUCUUCAUCUUCCUCACCCUGUCGUGGGAGCUGGAAAUCCAAGAGCGUCUGCACCAGGAACUGCUACAGCUGCACAUGGAAAAGGUUGCAACCGAUGGGCAUUUCUCCGCGCACGAUUUAAACACUUUGAAGUUUUUCGAUCGCGUCAUCAAGGAGUGUCUUCGGCUGUGGCCACCGGUAGCAUUCAUUUCGCGCGCCGUGACGGAGGAGAUACAUUUGCCGGACGGGCGCACCAUACCCAAGGGUUGCAUCGCUAAUCUGCACAUAUUCGAUCUGCAUCGUGAUCCGGCACAGUUUCCCGACCCGGACCGAUUCGAUCCGGAUCGCUUCCUGCCGGAACGGAUUGCCGAACGCAACCCGUUCGCUUAUGUUCCAUUUAGCGCGGGUCAACGGAACUGCAUUGGGCAGAAGUAUGCACUGCUAGAAAUCAAAACCGUUGUCGCCUAUCUGGCCCUGCGCUAUCGCAUUCUACCCGUUACGAAGCGUGCGGAAAUACGCUUUAUCGCUGAUCUGGUCUUGCGUGCGUCUACUCCACUGAGGGUUCGCUUCGAAAGGCGAAGUGCGUGA